AUGACUUCGUGGAGCAUAUAUGUGGGAUGUUUGUUCUUGGUUGCAUAUACCAAAGCAUCAUACGGCAGCACAAAGAUAAGUAAGGACUUUUUACCUUCAAAAAAGAUCCAUCACUUUCAAUAUUCAAUCUGUGGAAUUCUUCCUACACUUGAAUACUCCAAGUAUUUAUCACACUUCUCCACUUGCCUUUCAUUAUUGCUUUGACCUAAAUAACAAAACAAUAUUUAUCAUUCACUAAUAGGGCAGGAAACAUCGUUCAGGAACGAAAUUCCAGUUAAUCAGAGAGAAAAAUCUUUGGCUAAGCACGAAAAUGGAAUCACAGAUCAAAAGAAUUUUAGUUCAUCCUCUGAGAAAAGUACAUCGAGAUGUGGAAGCAGUAUUAUAAAAUGGGAUCACAACAAGGAGAGGAAUAGAAAAGUGCAGAAGAUUAAUAUAUCUGAGUCUGGACAUUUCAAAAGAACGAAAUACGGUAUUUUAAACAGAACUAGGAAUAUUAAAAGGAUCAAUUCGAGACAGUUGAUUGUAAAUCAUGUCAAGAAAGAAAAGAACAGAACUAAUAAUUCUAGCACAUCAGUCAGCUCGUACCACAAAGAAAGAAUCAGCGCAUUUGUCAAUGGUACAAAGCGCGAGGAAGGUAAGUAUUUGCGAGUGUUGUUUGUGUCUAAUUAGAACAAAAUUAGGAGUCAUUCUCAUUCCAUGCAAACCUUUGCUGCAAGAUUGUAGGUCAAUUUGUAGUGAUUCGAAGAAUAGAAUGUUAACUUAUCCCAAGGACUAUCUUAAUUAAGCACAUUUUCCACUAAGCAAAUUUUGUUUGCGCGAAGCGAAAAACAAAUCUUGUCAAUGUGAUUGGUUAGCGAAGAAAUUCGCCACAAAAAAGUUGGACCAGUUCCUACUUUUUCACUGUUCGCGCGAACAAAUUUGCCCAGUGGGAAAUGGGCUUAACAUCGUCUGGUGGUAAACGGAGUAAAGAUACACCUGGAAGAUAGUCCGGUUAACCUAUUAACGUCCAGUACUUUUCCAUUGACUAGCAACCAUGUAGGGGUGCAUUAGAGCCCAUGAUUGUGGUUUUGUGGAUUAAUGCGUUCUCUUAUUUUAGUUUUUGGAGAGAACAAAAUGGACUUAGUGUUUGUUGUUGGCGGUUCAAAGGAUGAAAAUUUCGACAUAUCAGGUCAUUAUAAAAUGUGCCUAACACUGGCGGACAGUAUUGCUGAGAAAUAUGACAUUGAUCGUGAUAAAGUGCGGGUCGCUUUGGUUACCUAUGGUGCUCUCUCAAAAAUGACGUUCGAUCUACAAGAUUAUUCAGAUAAGGAGUUAUUAAAGAACGCGUUCUUAAAGGCAGAGUAUCCAGGAGCCGGCAGUGAGACAGCGCAAGCUUUAGACAUGGUAAGAUCUUCCGUAUUGCCUACAGGGAGGGAAGGACAUAUAGCUAAAGUGGUGGUACUCAUAACAGCUGGGGUUUCUCAAGAUAGCGCUCCUGACAUCGCGCAGCAACUGAAAGACACUGGGGUCGAGAUAUACACUGUGGGAAUAGGACCGGAAGUAGAUCGACGUCAAUUGGAGGUGAUUGCGUCAAACCCUAAAGAAGACCACGUGUUCGUCACGGCGUUCGAAGAUGCACCGUCCGUGGCAGGACCGUUGUCCUACACACUCAGCAAAGGUAUGAAUAUUCUAGAAACUAAAUGGGUGAUUAACUAUAGACUAAAUUUUGAUCUAGGCAAGAAGAACGAGAUCCAGACAUGAUAUCGUAUUCAACGUUAAUUCACCUCACAAGAUUCGAUAUAAUUUUUCUUCAUUUCAACUUUAUAAUGGUCCCUCCUGAAACUUACUAUUAGUUAUAUCAAAUAAAUUUGCGCGCAAAAAUAAUAUCACUAAUCAAACUGAGUCUUAGUGGUUGAAAAAACUUCAGGAAUAAAACCUACCCACUUUCGUUUUGAAGAUGAUUCCCUUUUUUGAAAUCUAAAUAGACAUGUCAUGGAUAAAAUGGAACGUUAUUAAUUGUGAUCUGAAUUCUAUCAUUAAUACUAAUGCAGUGUUAAUAUCGCCCGAUAUGAUAUCGUAUUCAACGUUAUUUUACCUUAAAAUACGUAAUCGCCCCCUUUUUAAUUUUAUUUUGAAGUUCUCCCCUUCGGCUUUAGCUCGGAAUACGAGGCCUUUCUUUGACAUCUAAAUAAACAUGGAUAAAAUACAACGUAAUUUAAAGUGUGACCCUUUCACUAUAAUAAUAAAUGAAAGCAACAGUUUUAACUGUAAACAUUUUUUUUAAGUGAAAUACAUGGCAGAUUCAAUGGGGAUGCAAUCUGACAACAAGAACAGACCGAAUACGCCUCAGCAAGAGACAACGAGUGGAAGUUAUGUAUAUGGAAAUUACGGUUACGGCGGAAAAGGGACUGCUGGUGAUGCUGCAAAUACUGGAGGGUGGGGUGUUGGAACAGGAGGUGGUGGGGUAGGAGCAGGUGGCGGAGCAGGAGGUGCGGCAGGUGGUGCAACAGGUGGAGGCGCAGCUUGGGGUGGUACAGCAGGUGGGGGUGCAGCAAGUGGAGGUGCAGCAGGUGGAGGCGCAGCUUGGGGUGGUGCAGGAGAUGCAGCUGGGGGCGCAGCAGGUGGGGGUGCAGCAGGUGGGGGUGCAGCUGGUGGAGGUGCAGCUGGGGGUGGUGCAGCUGGGGGUGCAGCAGGAG